CAUGUCUCAUCCUUGGUUCCGUCUUCCAUCCAUGAAACGUCGACAUUCUCCUGAAGACAACCCUUCUUCACAAACCAGAAAGCGUCCGAGAGUAACUCUCGAACGGGGUUUUUCUCACAUGUCUUUGAAUAAUCCUCCAACAGACGUCAGUCAACUUCCAUCCAGCUCGUCCUCCUCAUGGUCAUCACCCCCUCUUUCAGUGAUGGAAAUAGAGGAAACAGCCGCCGAUUCACAACCAUUGUUUGUGACACGGCCUGAUUUUAUCGAGGAACCUAUCUCUCCUCCACAAUCAUUCACCAACACCACGGACGUAAAAAUGAAGGGCACCUCGUGGUACGAACCUGAACCCGACCGUAUAAUAAUCACGGACUUGGACUCGUCAGACGAUGAAGACCCGUACGAAGACCAACCCUUAUCUAUAUCUCCUGCAUUACUACAGCGAAUACGGGAACGCGACUUACUACAAACAUACGUUCCUCCGGAACAUAGUCAGGCCCUGGUGUUAUUCCGCCCUCUCACGAUACCCCCUCCAUCAGAAGAAAUAAUAGAAGAUACGUCGCCAUCACCAUCACCACCCGGCGCACUGCCGGAAAUUCAACUCGACAAGCAGAGUAUUCCAACCAUAGCACAGGUAGAAACCGAUGAAGACAAAAUGGACGUUGAACUAUAAAAUGUACAUUAUCCUCCAAAAAUGAC